AUGGGGGAAACGAGGCGUCCGCAACUCGACGCCGGCCGUGCCCUGCAGCAGAUGGAACUGGUGGCAUGGUCGGAGGGACUGGGGACCUGCUUCGUGGGCAUACGGGGAGAGCAGCAGACCGAGGUCAAGGCGCUGCUGGACAUUCCCGAGGACAUGGAGCUGGUCACCGUGCUGCCCUUCGGUUACCGCGUCAUGAGACCGGCGGGAACUGGGACGCCACGCAAGCCGAUGUCGGAGAUCACCCACGGGGAGCGGUUCGGACAGACGCUGACCUUUGCCGAUUGA